CCCUCUCUCCCUCCUUCCCUCCCUCCUCCCCGCAGCACAGGAGCAUGGUGUGCUGCAGAGCCGCGGGUCAGGCGCCGGCAGCCUCUGCUGACACCGUCGCUGCUCCUCCACACUGACGUCUCCGGGGGGAAAAAGGAGAGGAAAAGGCUUUUCCACAGCUCCCGGGCACAGCAGGAUUGGGAACGGCUCCCGGCAUCAAGCAGGGAUAAGGCCGGGGCGUGAUGGAGCUGCGGCGCGGGAGAGGGAUGCUGAGGGACCGGCUCCCUGCUCUCCUCCUCCUCCUCCUCGCCGCGGCCUGGCUCUGGCUGCCGGCGGAGGGGCGGCGGCCCCCCCGGCCCCCUCCUUGCCCCCCGACCUGCUCCUGCACCAGGGACACGGCUUUCUGCGUGGAUUCCAAGGCUGUGCCCAAGAACCUGCCCCCCGAGGUCAUCUCUCUGACGAUGGUGAACGCAGCCUUCACGGAGAUCCGGGAGGCAGCCUUUGCCCACAUCCCUUCCCUGCAGUUCCUCCUCCUCAACUCCAACAAGUUCUCGCUGAUCGGGGACAACGCCUUCGCCGGGCUCUCGCACCUGCAGUACCUGUUCAUCGAGAACAACGACAUCCAGGCGCUCUCCAAGGGCACUUUCCGCGGGCUCAAGUCCCUGACACACCUGUCCUUGGCCAACAACAACCUGCAGACGCUGCCCCGGGACCUCUUCAAGCCGCUGGACAUCCUGAGUGACCUGGACCUCCGUGGCAACACGCUGGCCUGCGACUGCAAGAUCAAGUGGCUGGUGGAAUGGCUGGAGAAAACCAACACCACGGUCCCCGCCGUCUUCUGCAGCAGCCCCGGGCAGUUCGAGGGGCAGCGGAUCCGGGACCUGACGCUCGGUGACUUCCAGUGCAUCACCACAGAUUUCGUGAUACACCAGGUCCUGCCCUUCCAGGCGGUGUCAGCCGAGCCCUUCACCUACGCCAGCGACCUGUACGUGGCCCUGGCACAGCCCAGUGCCAGCAGCUGCUCCAUCCUCAAGUGGGACUACGUGGAGCGCAAGCUCCGUGACUUCGACCGCAUCCCCGCUCACUCGGCCGUGCACUGCAAGCCCAUCGUGGCGCAGGAGCAGCUCUACGUGGUGGUGGCCCAGCUCUUCGGCGGCUCCUACAUCUACCGCUGGGACACGGCCGUGGACAAGUUCAUCAAGAUCCAGGACAUCGACAGCCAGAAGGUCCGCAAGCCCAACGACAUCGAGGCCUUCCAGAUCGAGGGGGAGUGGUACUUCGUCAUCGCCGACAGCUCCAAGGCGGGCUCCACCAGCCUCUACCGCCUCAACCAGAACGGCUUCUACUCCCACCAAGCGCUGCACGCCUGGCACCGCGACACCGACGUGGAGUACGUGGAGAACGACGGCAAACCCCGGCUGAUCAUCUCCAGCAGCUCCCAGGCGCCCGUGAUCUACCAGUGGAGCCGGGCGCAGAAGCAGUUCGUGGCGCAGGGCGAGGUGGGGGAGAUGCUGGACGUGCAGAUGGUGAAGCACUUCAGGUCCAAGCGGGACCAGUUCCUCUGCCUCAGCCGCUACAUCGGCGACUCCAAGGUGGUGCGCUGGGAAGGGCAGCGCUUCGUGGAGGUGCAGACGCUGCCGUCCCGCGGCUCCAUGGUGAUGCAGCCCUUCGCCGUGGGGCAGCGGCAGUACCUGGCGCUGGGCAGCGACUUCUCCUUCACCCACGUGUACCUGUGGGAGGAGGAGAAGCAGAAGUUCGCCAAGUUCCAGGAGCUGUCGGUGCAGGCGCCGCGGGCGUUCCGCUACGUGCCGGCCUCCGACGUGCAGCUCCUGCUGGCCCCCAGCUUCAAGGCCAACACGCUGGUGUACCGGCACGAGGUGGUGGACCUCAGCUACUAGGCGAGGGUGGGAGUCCCCCCCCCCGAGGGAUGCCGCGUCCUGCCCGAGGACAUGCAUGUGCCCACCAUGCCCGCCCCAUGGUCACAGCCCGCUCCCAGCCCCACUCCUGGCCCCCCGAUGUCACCCACCCCCAGGGCAGCUCCCAGACCCACAGUGCCUCAGU